AUGCCAGCCAAGAAAGGUGACUCAAAAUCAGCCAAGAAAGGAGGAAAGGGGGAGGCAGAGAAAAGCAAGAGCAAAGAGGAUCCAAAGAAAGGAAAGAGUGACAACAAACCUGAAAAAGAUGCCAAGGAAGACAAGAAGGUACGGAAAGAUGACAAGAAAACUGGAAAGAAAGAGAAAGAAGAACCACCUAAAGGAAAAGACAAGGGUGAUGGGAGAAAAGGAAAGGACAAAGGAAAGGGUAAGAAGGCAGUGGCAAGUGACUCAGAGGAGGGUUCUGAUGCCGAGUUGCUGAAGAAUGAGGAUGAAAGUGAAAGGAGUGAAGAAGAGAAUGAGCAGGAUGAGGAAAGUGACUCAGAAGGUGACAGACGGAGGAAAGGAAAAGGUAAAGCUACUGCAAAAGGGACUUCCAAAACAGCAAAGAGCAAGUCCAAAUCAAGAUAUGCUCAGUCAGAUGAAGAGGAUGAAGAUGAAGAGGAUGAGAAAAAAAGUGAAGAUGAGGAAAAUGAAGAUGAAGAAGAAGAAAGUGAAGAAGAUGAAGAUGACAGAAGAGGAAAGAAAAAGCAUCACAAAGGUACAUCAAAAGCCAAAGAGGACAUAGCUGAUGGAAAAAAGAAAAAAGGAAGAAAAGACGAUAGACCCACAAAAGCAGUUUCUCCACCUCCAGAGCCAAAAAAAAGUCAAAAAGGUGCACUAAAAAACACCUCCAGGCUUUUCAUGCGAUUUUCCGGAUUCCGAAGAAGAAGAAACUCUAAGAAACGUUUGAAAAGUGCUUCCAGAUUAUUUCUGGGUCUUGGGAAACGUAAACAUCGGCUGGCAAAAAAGAAGAGGAGAAAAUCAGUCUUAAAGAACGCAUCCAGAUUCAUGAUGCGUUUUAGAACCAGCAAGAAGAAGAAAGCAGCAGAAAAAGCUAAAGCAAAUGAAAAUGCACCAACUAGAAAGACUUCAUUUAUACUAAUCAGACUAGGUGGAAAAUCUGGUGAAUCGUCAGAAAAAAAAACUGGAUUUUUCAAAGGUCUUUUUGGCAAAAAGAACUCUGAAACCUCUGGCUUUAAAAAUCGAGGAUUGCUUUUAGGUAAGAUUGCAGGAGCAACUAACUGGCUCACUAAGAGGUUCCUUUCCCUGAAGGGGAGGCAAAGCUCCGAGAGAGCUGGUAAUGAACGCUGGGCAUCUAGGACUGGAUCAAAAAGACUUCCUCAUGCAUCUAGACAUGAUGUUCAUGAACACUACUCAAGCAUGAGAGGAUAUGGUGGAUUCCAUAAUGAUGGGUAUGAGCAUGAUGAUGAUGAAUAUGGUUAUGAGGAAGAUGAUUAUAGCCAAGGCAGGUAUGAAAGACACUCUUCCCAAAGACAAUCAUUGUAUAAGAAUCGUAAUAAUUAUGUAGAACACCAUCCUCCUGCUCUAGGACGAUUGGGAAGAUUUGUACCCCAGUAUGACCAUUAUGAGGCUAAUGCUCACGAUUAUUAUGAUGACCUGUCUCAAGAUCACGGCUACUAUGAACAAGUAGGUAACUAUUCUGAUUACCCAGUAGGAUAUCAAGAUGGUUAUGAGUAUGAUGAUGAGGGUAUGGACUAUUAUGAACAAUAUCAGACACCAGAUCAGUAUGGCUACUAUGAGGAUGAAAUGAACUAUUACGAUUAUGAACAGCAGGCAGAGGAUGCACAAGUAUAUUAUGGUGACGGUAUGGAAUAUUAUGAUGAAAUGCAACAUCCAAUGGAGGAUGAAUAUGGAUACUAUGGAAAUAAUAUUGCAAACUAUGACCAUGGUUACCCCCCUGAGCAAUAUGGUUAUUAUGAUCCGCAAGAUUAUUUUGUGACACCCAACGGAGAAGUUGUGCAACCAGAUCCUAGCAUGGAAUACUCUGGGUAUGAUGACCCAUAUUAUCACCAAUUCAAUUACAGCGAAAAUGGUGGAUUACCAUAUCUAGAAUCUGCAUAUAAUAUGCAUCAGCUAUAUCCCAUUAAAAUGGAGGAUAUCAUGGAACAAGAAGAGGCUGAGGAGGUUUAUGGCGAUGAAUAUGGGAACUUUCCAACAGAUGCCGGCUUCACCAGCUCUAAGCAGACAUUCUUUGGGUAUCAUGGAACCUCCACAGGUCUCCAGACCACUCUCUCCUCAGGCCUCAGCAAGAAGGUUUGA